ACUUCUUCCAAGAAAUUAAGAAAAGAUUCUCCGAGGUUUGUGAUGUUCCUCACGAUUCCACAACCAACUUUCUGUGUCAUCCAUUUUUUUAACCUUUCCUAAACCUUCUCUUAACCUGCAGCCCUCCAAUGGCUGCUACUUUUUUUUUGGUUUGUUCCCUUAACUUUAAUAUUUUUUUUUUUCAAAUUUGUUAAAAUAAAAUUAAAAAAAAAUGCAAAGAGCAGGAUGGCCUUGACCCGGAGCGAAAACCACCCUUUUCUUCUACUCCUCCUUGGCCACCUGUCUCUUUUCCUCCUCCUCCUCCCCCUUCUUCUGCAUCCCUCCUCCGUCGCCACCGCCGCCGGCAUCCGUCUCGGCAUUGUCCGGAAGCCACUAAUCCCGGAUGGCGGCCCUCUUUUCCGGGAAGCUCCAGCCUUCCGCAACGGGGAAACAUGCGGCGUUGACCACCAAAUUCACAUUGCGAUGACCUUGGAUGCUAAUUACCUACGAGGAACCAUGGCCGCCGUUUUGUCCAUCCUUCAGCAUUCAACUUGCCCGGAAGACAUGGUUUUCCAUUUCCUCUGGGUUCGUCACGAGCAGGAGGUUUAUUCCAACAUUAAAUCCACUUUCCCUUACCUCAACUUCAAGGUGUACCGUUUUGAUUCGGGUCGGGUACGCGGGUUGAUCUCCAAGUCCAUCCGUCAAGCUCUGGACCAGCCGUUGAACUAUGCCCGGAUAUAUUUACCGGAGAUCAUUCCCGGCGACGUGAAACGGGUUAUUUAUCUUGAUUCCGAUCUUGUCAUGGUCGACGACAUCGCGAAAUUAUGGAGGGUUGAUUUGGAAAACAGAGUCGUCGCCGCCCCGGAAUAUUGCCACGCGAAUUUCACCGAUUACUUUACUGAUUCAUUCUGGUCCGACCCGGAGAUGCCCAGAACGUUUGAAGGAAGAAGACCGUGUUAUUUUAAUACCGGAGUUAUGAUUGUGGACGUGGAGAAAUGGAGGCAGGGAGGCUAUACUCAGAAAGUUGAAGAUUGGAUGGUGGUUCAGAAACAGAGGAGGAUAUACCGUUUGGGUUCGUUGCCGCCGUUUUUGCUUGUGCUCGCCGGGAAUAUUAAGGCGGUGGAUCACCGGUGGAAUCAGCAUGGUUUGGGCGGCGAUAACAUUGAAGGGAAAUGCCGGAAUUUGCAUCCGGGUCCGAUUAGCUUGCUGCAUUGGAGUGGAAAGGGUAAGCCAUGGUUGAGGUUGGAUUCCAGGAAACCUUGCAAUGUUGAUCAUCUUUGGGCUCCGUAUGAUCUUUAUCGCUCCUCAAAACAUACUUUUGAUGAGUAAAACUAAUGCGUUUGGAUUGCUGGAGGUUUAUGCUUCAAUAGCAAGCUAAUCAAGUUGAAUCAAUGGAGGGAUUUGGAUAUUGAGAGAAAGGGGAAAUUAUCUUGAAAAAAAAAACAAAAGAAGAAAAAAUAGAAAACGAAACAAAAAAAAAGAAAGAAAAAUUAGGAUAAGCAGGAGAGUUCUACAAUAUACCUCAUAAUUUAAUGAGAGAAAAAACAAAAAUAAUCAAGACAAGAUUUUAGGUAGCAAUUUGGUUCACAUGAUUCUUUGUUCGAUGUCAUGCAUGCAUUGAUGAAUUUGGUUGUUGAGGAGAGACGAAUCUCAUCUUCAUUUAGACCCUUUGCUCGGAAUUUCAAAUUAAUUUCCGAGUGAGGUCACAGGGGAGAGAGCGUUUGGGGAUUGAGGCAUUUUUUUUGGAUGAUCAAUUGUUGUUUCUUUUUGGAGUAACUUCGAUCAAGUUUCGAGUGAAAUGAUGAUUAACAAACCAUCAAACAAAAUAGUGUGGAGGGAUGAAUGAUUCCUUCUCAUCAUCCUCAAAAUUAGACUCUAACUGGAGAUAUCCAAGUUGCUAUUAUAAAUUUAAUCAAGUUUGAAGUUUGAUCGUAUUUAUGGUGUUUUUUAAUAACAAUAUCAAGUCUGUUACCAGUAUUUCAUGAAGUGCUUUUCUUUGAUCAUCCCAGUAGUCAAAAGUAGUGUGUCGUUUCGGCCAACUAUAUUUGAACCCAGGGGAAAAAAACUGACAUUUGAACACUACGGUUCACUACUCAUUACUCUGUAUUGUAUCGAAAUGAUUGUACAAUUUGAUGCGUUAGUACAACAAAUGGAUAAUCAUUUUGGGAUAAAUGAAGUACAAAUAAUAAAGGUACAUGAUUGCUCAAUCAUCAACGUAACAUCUAUCACUAAGGUAUAAGCCAUCUUCAAUCUGCAACGAUCAAAAAGUUGCUAAGCAGCAGAAAAAAAAAAGUUUCUUAAAAAAAGGAAUCUAGGAAAAUUAUUUAUCAUAAUUUGAUGAAAUUCAAUCCAGAGGAGAAAAGCAAAUGAAGUUAUGAAACAGAGAGGAAAACUUGAUCAGAACCGGCCUCACGAGGCCCGAUGCAACAAUGCCUUCUCCCACACUUUCUUCCUUGUCUCCAGAAAAGUUUCCGCUAUUUUAUCAAUGUCUGAACCUGAUUGUGGGUGUGGAAUCGGAUGCACAUUUUGGACGGGGAGAUCGGGUUUACUCUGUUCUCCUUCUUUUCUGGCACCGUUGUAAUUGGUCCGGCCAUCAUUUCCAAUCAGGCCAUUCUGAAUCGGAACUGGAACUGAAGGCCCGUUAUUGCUGGCCUCAAUGUGCCUGAACUCAAUCACUAUUUCACCAUUACCGGACUUUGACGAUCUCUUCAAAACAGGGUUCUUCCUGCCAUUUCUCGACGGAGUUUCGAUCGGAACCUCAACCGAUUCGCCGGCGGCCGGGCCGAGGGUGACCCGCUUGAUCCCUGUACUACUACUACUACUGCUACUACCCAUGAGGAGGUUGUCAAUGAGGAACUUCAAGAACCGCUGACAAAUGCCCUGAGGCUGAAAUUUGUCCAUCCCGUUUACCAUUUUGGAUACAAUAAAUGAAAAAGGGUGGAAGAAGAAAAACUUAAGAUUUGGAUAUGGGAUAAAAGUUAAAGGAGAGGGCUCCAGAAAUGGUGGAAUAAUUCUUGAUGGAACAAGUUGUAUUAUCUCAUAUUCGAUUCCUUGAAGAAGGCGUAACGCAACACGGAAAAAGUGAUGAAAAUUGGGUACAGUUUUGAAUCAUCCUUUUUCACUCUUUUACUAGGCUCCAGAGUCGGCCCUGUUUCAGAGGCGUUUCUUUGUUGUGUUUCCAUUGGUUAAUUUGCUUUGGCUUUAGUUCAAAAGCAAAAGCAGUGUUCCUUAAUGGUAAGCUCUUGAGUGAGGAGGGGAAUAUAAUUCUGAAAAUAUCUAUUACACACGGAAUUGAUAGGAAAUGAUAAGAAAUCUUGAAAGUAGUUUAGUAAUAUAUGUAACCCAUUUCAGGCAAAUAGUCUCGGCAAGAUUCCACAUUGACAGCUUUAGUGAAAAAAG